GUUGCUGCCCGACAGCCGUCCUGUCCGGUUGAUUUUGUUUUGAUUCUUUUGUUUUUUUUUCUGCUUAGCUUCGAUCUUUUUUUUUUUCAUUUCUCUAUUACCCUUUAGAUCGCGUGUUCCUCAAUGAGCCGAGCCAUCGAAAGGAGCAGCACGGCCUCGAGUGCGCCGCCGCUGGACUUGCUGCACAAGCUGCAGCUCUUUCGCUCCACCUUGGUGAACUUUUUAGAAUGGCGCAACUUCGGCGACGUCGUGCACGGUUGCUACGUGCGUGUCCUCUUAGAAAUGCGCAGCAACGAUGAGAACCGCCGCGAGAGCCCAGACAACUACUACAUCGCACUCGUGAAGGGCGCACAGCGCGGCCCGGUUUACUCCGGCUUCUCCGCGGACGCCGUCACCACGGAAUGGCACAUCGUCAUUGAGCUGCCCCCGUGCUUCCGAUCCACGCAGAACGGCAACGUUGUGCAGCUGAACUCCAUCUCGAACUCGCCCUUUCGCCAGGCGGAGUACCAAAAUUGGGUGGUGAUGACGAACGAAACGCGCGAGUUGAGCUUCCCGAGUCUCCCGCAGCUGCAGUUUCGGCUUGGGAUGUUGGAGGAACACAAGCAGCAGGCGCUCGCACCGGAGCCGCGGCGCCGCAAGACGGGUGAGGACGGGCAGGCCGCCGCUUUGCGCGAGCGCAUGAUGGAGGAGCACCGCAAGCGCAUUACAGAUGAAAUACUCGCCACGCAUGUGAAGAUGCGCCGCAUUGCGCAGCUGAAGACGCUCUCGCUGGAGGAGCUGCAAGAGGCGGAGCGCGAGAUCCUCGACAUGAUUACCAACGUGCGGGUAGCCAUCAACGAGCGCUCCAAGUGCAUGCUGUGUCAUAACCGCCUUUGCACGGAGAUCUGCUACCCGUGCAAGCACCAGGUGCUAUGCAAGGACUGUGCCAAGUCCAUUCACGGUCACUGCCCCGCACCGGGCUGUGUGGCGCCGGUGCAGUACACAUUCGAGGCGUUCACGUCGUAA